AUGUUCAUGCAGUGGACUCUUGUGAUCUUCAGCGUAACCCUGAUCUCCGCCGGAUCAAUUUCGGAGCGGAUUGAGGGAGGAAGUCGGGCAGAAAUAUCCAAAUUUCCCUGGCAGGCUUCUCUUCACAUAUACGGCCUCUUGACCUGCGGUGCUGUCAUCUAUAGUAACGAGAUCGUCAUAACAGCAGCCCAGUAUGUAUUACCUGAAUUUCCAAAGAUCCACUCUGUGAGAGUGGGCUCAUCUAUCGAUAACACCGGAGGGCAAGAGGUGCAGGUGGCACAAAUUAUUAGCCACGAGAAUUUUAAAUUGAAAGGAGUAUUUGCACCCAACAACAUAGCCGUCAUUCGACUUCAGUCUAAACUUAUAUUAGGCAACAGUGUGAGUCCCAUUCCAUUGGCAGAUAAAGCCCCCAGUUCUGGAUCGUUAGCCUGGGUUUCUGGAUAUGGAAGACCCGAACCUGACGAGCUCAAAUCACAAAAUCUAUUCUAUAGCGCUCUUAAAAUUGUGAAUUUCGAUGAGUGCCAGAAUUUAUAUAAGUACUUGAGUGAAGAUAUGAUUUGUGCCGGCGCUCCUGGGCACAGUGUCUACGAGAAAGAUGUCGGUGAUCCUCUGGUCUCCGAUGGAAAACUGGUUGGUAUCGUUUCCUUUGUCUCUAAAUGGGGCCUUUCGAAAUAUCCCGUAGUCUACGCUAAUGUAGCGGAGCUUAAGCCCUGGAUUUUAAAUGCAAUUGCUAAACUCUAA